AUGAAAGAGUGGGAAAGUGUGGAAUGUAUAAUACCAUAUGGCAAUAGAAGAAAUAAACACCCAAGACGUCUUACUUCUCAGUUUCCUUUUUCUUUUUUCUUCUCCCUUUUUAUACAUAAGAUCUCCAUCCCUCCCAUCAUCCCACUCAUUUGUCACAUCAACUGCAACGGCAUCGGCAUCCGUUGCACUUUCUUUUUUUUUUUUUUUUUUUUUUUUUUGCAAACGGCAUUUCCCAUUUGUUUUUUCCCACACACACACACAAACACACAAACGGCUAGUAGUCUACAAGCAAACACAAUGAUAUAUGAUGACAUGGUCUCCGGUAAGUUAUCGGAGGGAAGUAUGCCACAACGUGAACUUGGAGACAUUCAACACUCUAUUGAACGCAUUGAGAAACUGCUGCAUCGUGGUCAGAAUUUAUUAUAUGACGAAGGUAGUAAGGAAGCGGGACCACCACAUGGUACCAUGCAUCGUAAAGGAGACGCCAGUAUAAAUGAAGGGGAAAAAACAAAUUCCCUCUUCUCCAUGAAACGAAAGCGACGAAGCGUAACACAAAGAUCCCCAACUGCCCACGUUACAUGGAAAAUGUCCCCGAAUACCACCUUCCAACGCACGGCAACUGAAUUACUUUUGCUUCAACGGGAACACGCAGAAAAUGUAAAGCAAAAAAAAACAGCCGUACACGUGCGGCAUCGAGAAACAAUGCCAUUUGCUAAGGGAACACAAUACUCCACAAACCAUGGUGUGGCAACGAAUGUAAAAUGGGAAGCGGCAGAUAGUAGUGACUACGAGGAUGUCUCUAUUGCCGAGCUUCGAGUACGUAUUCGUAAGGAAUUGGAGGCGUACCGUCUCAACGGACCACUGACAGGGGUGAAGCAAACAAAAGCUGAUACCAUCCAACAGCCGGUGACACGUCUUUACCCGCGACAGAAAAGAACCUCACAGGAGGAGCCAAUAAAAAUGGUGUCACCGCAAUCGAAGCGACGACUUAUCACAGGGAAUCAAACAACCGGAACACCGCAGUCUUAUGGACACGAGGGACAUCGUAAAAGGACAACAUCCUCUCAAAUAUCUUUAGAAAAAAGUACUUCCCGUUCUCCCUUGGACGGGAAUAUUAAGUUACAUGAAAAACACCACAUCUCUCCAUGGAAGCGGUUAUAUAACGAUGCCAUUAGAAUGCAAGAAAAAAGGCAACAUCAUCAGAUAGCGCCUCCGUCUUGGGAGGAAAAUUCCCCUGCCCACAAAAAGAAUCCAUGGGAACGUGGUUUUCUGAUAAAGAGGUUUUCAAUGAAACCUACGCCAGGAGCACCACCCCACAGUGUGCAACAGGCGUCAAAGGCCUCGCAUCAUAGAAGAGAGACCCACGACGCAACGCCGACAGCGACAUUAGUGGGGGAAUCCCGAAAGCCGUCGGAGAGCGUACGGUCGCUACAGUUCCCCGCAAGUGUACUCGCACACCGUUUGCUGAAGCCACAGAAAAAUCAUUUGUUAGGGGCAUUAAGGGACCGGAAAAAGAAGGAAAGGGAAGUAAUAUCACAAGAGCAUCACCCCGAACCUAAAGUCAACACGAUUGGGUCGUUACCUUUAGCCGCUGAGGAAAAGAAAACUGAUGAGAAGCAGCUGGAGAUUGUGAAUGAUGAAAAUGCUCCAGGGAACGCAGGGAUAGAGAGACAUGAAACAUCGGAGUCUGCAUCAACCUCCAAUCGUAUGCAGUGGCCGACGAUCACGCCUCCUUCCACCGAUAUCUCAGAAGGUUGGGGAAUGUUCUCACAUGCUACAAACGAGACCCCACUGGUCGUGGUAUCACAGGAGUCGUCUCCCACAAACCAACUCCAUAUUCCACCUAGUAUACGCCCACUCGACUUGAGUGCGCUUCGCAAAUAG